CUGGAAUACCGAGAUCGACGCUCGUACGUAUCUGCCCCAUAAUCUAAACCCCUACGGUGCCCAUUACUGACAUCCCGUACACAGAGUGCACCAACCUCUGGCUCGGCUACUACGUCUGCGUCCACGUCCCCGGAGCCGUCACCCAGAAGCCGACAACCACCACCAAGGCUACCUCCACCAGCACCGCUGCUCCCGCCGCGACUAACUCCCCCCAGAUGCCCGGUAUCGUCGCCAACUGUGACGGUUACCACAAGAUUGCCUCCGGCGACCAGUGCGGCACCAUCGCUGCCAAGUACGGAAUCACCACCGAUCAGUUCCUGAGCUAUAACAGCUAUAUCAAUGCUCAAUGCUCCAACCUCUGGCUCGAUUACUACGUCUGCGUCCACGUCUCCGGCAACUCCGGUCCUACUCCCCAGAUGCCCGGCAUCGUAAGCAACUGCAAGAAGUUCUACCAGAUCAAGAGCGGUGACAGCUGCUGGAGCAUUUACUCGGGCGCCGGAAUCACGUUUGAUCAGUUCAGGAAGUGGAACACCCAGGUUAAUGCGGAUUGCAGUAACUUGUGGUUGGGGUACUAUGUUUGCACUGGGGUUUAAGGGGCGAGAGGGGGUGAUUUAGGGGUUGGUAUGAGGGGCGCGUAGGAGAGAAGAGGUCAGGGAG